AUGAAGUACGUCGCGCUCCUGAGCGGGGGCAAGGACUCCUGCUUCAACAUCCUUCAUUGUCAUAACCAAGGUCACGAACUCGUAGCAGCCGCGUCUCUCCGCCCACCUGACGGACAAGAUGAACUCGAUUCAUACAUGUACCAAACCAUCGGCCAAGACGCGAUCCAUCUUGUGGCGCAGGCUCUGGACGUUCCCCUCUACAGACGCAUUAUUUCCGGCGCCGCGAUCGCCCAAGGGGGCGAGUACGGCGCGAGGAACGAUCAGCAAGGCGUGGCCGGAGAUGAGACGGAGGACAUGUACGCGUUGCUCUCCGACGUGAAGGAACACCAUCCCGAUGUGCAAGGCGUUUCCGUCGGUGCCAUCCUCUCCAACUACCAACGCGUUCGCGUCGAGCACGUAUGCCGCCGCCUAAACCUCACCGCCCUCUCCUACCUCUGGCAGCGCCCUCAAGACGCGCUUCUCUCUGAAAUGAUUUCCGCAGGCCUCACAGCGGUGCUCAUCAAAGUCGCAGGUAUUGGACUCGCGCCCGAACACCUCGGCAAAACACUGGGUGAGAUGCAGCCUACACUCACCAGGCUCAAUGAAACCUACGGCUCGCAUAUAUGCGGCGAGGGCGGCGAGUACGAGACGCUUACUCUCGACAUGCCGCUCUUCAAAUCCCGUAUCCGACUGCUCGAGACGGAAACCGUCAUCCACUCCGACAACGCGUUCGCCACCGUCGCUUAUUUGCGCGUCAAACGCGCUGUCCUCGAACCCAAACAGGUGCUACCGUCUCCGCCGCAGUACGCGUUAGCCGUCCCUCCGCUCCUCGACGACGAGAGCGAGGAUAUCCGGCGGAGCCUC